AUGAGUAGUUCCCAGUGGGGCUCCCACACCUGCAUGCCCUGUAUCCGUGUGGGCUUGUCCCCCAAGGCAGGCUCCUGCUCAGGACACCGCGUGGGCUGCGUGGCUCUGCACCACACGGGGACCUACGUGGUGGCUGCCGGCACCUGCCUGGGCAUCCUGGACUGGGACACGCAGCAGGUGCAGUGGGUGGCCCAGGUGGACGGGGACAAGCCCCACAACAGGUUCAAUGACGGGAAGGUGGACCCUGCCGGCAGGUUUGUGGCAGGCACCAUGCCCGAGGCGUCCGCCCCCGGAGUGUGGGAGCCAGGGCAGGGCUCACUGUACGCGUUGGACGCCGAGCGCUCCGUGGUCCGGCACCUGAGCAGACUGGGCAUCCCCAACGGGCUGGACUGGUCCCUGGACCACCGCAUCUUCUACCACGUGGACAGCCUGGACUACGCCGUGCGCGCCUACGACUAUGACGUGGCCACGGGCGGCAUCGCACACCCGAGGGUCCUGUACCGCCUGCCUCGGGACCAGGGCAUGCCGGACGGGAUGUGCAUGGAUGCCGCAGGGAAGCUCUGGGUGGCCUGCAUCGACGGGGGCAGGGUGAUCCGCCUGGACCCCGAGACAGGGACACGACUGUGCACGCUGGAGAUGCCCGUGUCCAGGGUCACGUCCUGCAGCUUCGGGGGUGCCGACUACACUGACCUCUACGUGACCUCUGCGGCAGACGGCCUCAGCCCGGAGCAGCUGUCCCGAGAGCCGCAGGCCGGGCACGUCUUCAAGGUCACCGGCCUCGGGGUCAGAGGACUCGCAUCCCGCUCCUUCGCUGGCUGA